ACAUGUUUAUAAUUUUUAAUUGUAAAAAAAAAUGCACAUAACUCUCUGAGGUAAAAAAAAAAAAAAAAUGAUGAUGAUGAUGGUGAUGAUGAUGAUGACCUACUGAAUGUGUUUUGGAAUGUGGACAUAAGGGCUGGACCGUCCGGAGAAGAAAACUGUAGAAAUCCGCAAUACAACCAUGAAAAUAACACAAAAUAAAAGACUCUGGCGCCACCUUGAGGACUAUACAGGCAAUGCCCAUCGACUUCUCUGUGCUCAACACAAGCCCUGGCUGCUUGUAGCUCCUCUGGCGAUAGUUUGUACUGAUAGAGUCCCUUUCACUUUAGCUAGCUAGCUACACGAGUGGGAAUGGAGAACAAGAAAUUUAAAAUAAAUCUGGACGAUUCUGCCUUCAGCAGGGAAAGAGUUCCGGUGGCGUCUCUUUUCAAGCCCUCGUCAAAAGCAGACCAAGGGGAGUCCUUGUCAACCCACAGCGCCCCGGAAACUGCUGGGCUACCGUUAACCUACGCAGAGUUCAUAGUUAAGAGCAAAACCAGAGGUGCUUUGGAAGGUGCCCAUGGCGAAAGGUCAGCAGACCCCCCUCAGACUGUCGUGCGACAUUCAGGUGUUGGGGGUCCCACGUGUGAGACAAUUCCAAAACGUCCAGCAGUCCUCAGGACACCUCAGGCCGAGGCAGGAGAGAAAGACGGUCCAACUCCUGUUUCAGAGAGGCAGGAGGAGAAUGAAGGUCAAAGCACAGAGGCGUGCAGCAGUACGGCACAUCUGUUGGGAUCGGGGAACGGCAUUAUUGUCAGCCCCCGACAGAGAGGAAACCCUAUUCUAAAGUUUGUGAGAAGUGUUCCAUGGGAGUUUGGAGAAGUAGUGCCUGACUAUGUCUUGGGCCGAACAACAUGUGCUCUCUUUCUCAGUCUGCGGUACCAUAACCUGAACCCGAACUAUAUCCAUGAUCGGUUGAAACGGCUGGGGCAGGCCUUCACCCUCCGCGUGCUGCUUGUGCAGGUCGAUGUGAAAGACCCUCACCAUGCGCUGAAGGAGCUGGCCCGGAUAUGCAUCAUAGCUGACUGCACACUCAUCCUGGCCUGGAGCCCAGAGGAAGCAGGACGUUACUUGGAGACAUAUAAAUCUUACGAGAAGAAGCCUGCAGAUCUUCUUAAAGAACAAGUAGAGAAAGAUUACUUAUCCAAGGUCACUGAUUGUCUGACCACAGUGAAGUCCAUUAACAAGACUGAUGCCAUCACUCUUCUGUCCACAUUCUCUUCUCUGGAGGGCAUCAUUAAUGCAUCAAAGGAAGAGCUUGUUCUGUGUCCUGGGCUCGGCCCUCAGAAGGCAAGAAGGCUAUAUGACGUGCUUCACCAGCCCUUUCUGAAGUCCAAAAAGAAAGAAAGCUGAUGAUUUGGACAUUGGUUUCCAGUGCCUGAUGUGGUCCAGACCUUGAGGAUGGACCUUGAGUCUCUCCACUCCCAGUAUACACUGCUAGCAUAUAAAGGUCUGUGUGAUCUCAAGGGCUUAGGUCCUGUCCCAGUCCGAGAGCAGGACAGAGAAAAAGCUGCAGUCUGUGUAGUGUGCGCUGGAGUGCAUAUACCAGCAAAACAUUUGAUUUUAAGUUUAAAUUAUGCCUCUGAAAAUAAAACAUUAUUUUUCUGUACAUUACUUUUUGUUUG